CAUUUCACCAGCUUCUAAUUAAGAUGGCACAACAACUGAGAUGGCUGAGGACCAACACGCUGUGCUUAGUGAUUUUUUCAAUUUCAGGCUCUCUAUAUGGCCAGUCAGUUCCAGAGUGUGGCAAUUCAUUUUUAAGUCAGAAAAGUGGCUCUCCUGCAGAGACCAAGGCAUAUUUUCUGGCUAUGGAGAUCACCAACAGAGCCUUCACCCCUGCACUGCACAACCCUGCAUCUGAAGAAUAUCAGGCCAUGUAUAAAGACGUUAAUGACUUGCUUAACGUCAUCUACAACUGCCAUGACAUCUGUAUAUGUCCAACAUAUGUCUUCUAUGGAGGUGUUGCAGCAAUGACUUUCAAACCUGGAUCAGUAAUCGCGAAUGCAACUGUCGUCUUCCACACAACUUCAAUCAAUCAUUUCAUUGUCCUUGCAAUCUUUCUUGAAAAUAUAAAAAAUUAUACACCCCAAACUCUUGAGCUGAACUUGGAUUACACAAAAAAAUCACCACCAGUACGAGAUCAAGGGUUCAAAGUCGUCGUUACUACACCUGCUACCACCACCACCACAACAACCACUGCUACCACUACUAUAGAUCCUACAACAACUACAGUGCCAACUACUACAACCACAACUAGAGCAGCCCACAACUACUACAACGACAACAACCACAACCACAACACCCAUUACUACCACAACUAUAAUGCCCACAACUACAACCACCACAACUACAUCCACAACCACAACACCCAUGACUACCACAACCAUAAUACCCAUGACAACCACCACAACCACAACACCCAUGACUAG